AUGGUCACGCUGCCUGCGCACACUGCGUUCCCUGCAAGUGUGCGUGCAAUUUGCCAGCCAAAUUUGUCCGUGAAACAACGUGAAAGAUUUGACGCGCAAAUUUCUCCACCUCAUCGGCUGAGCGUCUUCGCCGCUGGGACAAGCUUUGUGUUCGCCAAGCGGAUCCGAAAGGGAACUGCAGUAACAAUGCUGGGCCGGCCAGAGUCAGUAGAACCCAUCAUGCCUUUGCAGGAAGCUUUGGACAUCAUGGUGCCACCCGACGAGGCGUUGCAUUGGCGCAUCCGUUCCCUCUGUGCGAUUGGCCAAGGGCGGCUCGUAGAGGAGGUGCCCCCAGACGGCCUCCGCUGUAAGACUCUGGUGGUCACGUGUGUGCCUGCGGAGAAACGGAAGGGGAAGCACGCCAAAACUGCAGCUGUCAUGGUGGUGCUCUUGGUUGAGCGGCGCUUGAGCAUUCCCAAACUGAAGCAAGUCCUGGCGAACAGUGGCUUGAAACCCGAGGGCUUGGCCUCCCCAGAGGAAGCUGAAAGGGUGGUAGGUUGCAGCAUGGGCAUCGUUCCUCCCGUUUGCAUUGAACCCAAGCCGCCCAUGGUGUUAGACUCGCAGCUUUUUCAGGCAGGUGCUGGCACGCUGGUGCUUGGUGCAGCGCAUCCGGAAUUGCAUUUGUUGAUGUCCAGCCGUGAGUUGUUGCUGGAGACAGAGGGCAAUGUGGCAGAUAUCUCCAUGGAUACUGCAGAUGGUGUGGAAGCAGAACCCUCCCACUUUCCGCUUCGCGCAGCUGAAGGCAAUGUUGUGCACGUUGUUGCUCUGGUUGCAGCCGUACGCCGUUUAUCGCGUCAAUUGCUUUUCGCCGACCUGCUGCCUGCGGGGAUGACUCGCGAUGCUGAGCGGAGCAUAUGGCUGUCCCCGGAUGGGUCGGGGAAGUUGGUACGGCUGCAGCUGCUGCUGGGCCGAUCCCUGGCAGAGCGCGUGGGGGGGGAAGGCCUGGCGCAGGUCAUCAGGCGCCUGAGGCCACAACAGCUGAUCUAUGUCGCUGGACGCUUGCAGUUGGAAGAGCCCGGGGAGCAGUGUGGAAGGAAAGCCCCCUCCGCUCCACAUGAGGUGAAGAAAAUCCGUGAAGCUCAGCUGAACAAUGGGAUCGUGGACAUGGUGGCAGAGCAGAUUCGGAUUCUGGAAGAGGUGCAUGUGCCAUCGCAAGAAUCUGCAGGCUCUGCCCGGAAGGUUGGAGUCAAGAAGGCUGAGGUGAAAGGUGCAGAAGCGGAUCAGCCAACAUUGCCUCUGUCCCUGCCGGGCAGUGCGGUGCACCUCGUUGUGGAUGAUACAAGUCUUCGAUUGCUGGAAGGAGUGCUGCGUGAAAGGUUAUCUGGCUCUGCAGAUGUCGAUCUAGAAUCCAAUGGUGAAGCCAUCACGCCUUUGCUCUCUGUCCUUGGUCUGGAUGCAGAAUGGCAGCCCAACACCUCGCAGGGCAUUGCCCUGUUUCAGAUGGCCUUCAGACGCAGCGUGUUCUUGUUGGACAUGGUGGUGCUGCAAGACGCUCCCGCGCUGCGUCCGCGGGUGGCGGAAGUGAUCCGUGAAGCCUUGGAAGCAGAGCAGCUCUACAAGGUGGGCUUCGGCCUGGAGGUGGACCUUCAACGCUUGGCAGCAGUGAUGCCGGAGAUCACGACAGCUCAGAAGUUGAUCGAUUUGAGGGAUGUGACGAGAGCCGCGUUCCCGGAGGAGAGACGGCCUGCGCCAAACCUGUCUGGCUUGGUCAAGGAAGUCUUUGGGCUGCCCUUGGAUAAGACUUGCCAGGUGUCUGACUGGCAGCUGCGGCCCUUGAUGCAAGAGCAGUUGGACUAUGCUGCUCAAGAUGCUCAUAUUUGCGUUCGUCUCUUUGACUCGCUUUGCUACAAUCACGCCACUCUGGCCACCCAAGCGCUUCAGCCGUUGCUGAGUGAUAUGGCCAGAACAUGGAAGAAACCAGACAGGAAUCUCGAAUGGAGUGGAAAAGCACCAGAUUGCUGCCGGAGUUGGGCUGGUGGGACCUGCACAUAA